AUGAGAUUUAUUUCAAGUAUCCUGGUUCUUGCCUACAUAGUUGUUGUCAACAAUGCUGUAGUUAUAAGUAACUCAACUUCAACAUAUACAGAAAGCCCUCAUUCAACAACUUCUUAUUCAACAACUUCUUAUUCAACAACUUCUUAUUCAACAACUUCUUAUUCAACAGCUCCUUGUUCAACAGCUCCUUGUUCAACAAUUCCCUAUUCGACAACUCUUAAUUCAACAACUCUUAAUUCAACAACUCUUAAUUCAACAACUCUUAAUUCAACAACUCUUAAUUCAACAACUCUUAAUUCAACAACUCUUAAUUCAACAACUCUUAAUUCAACAACAUCAGUUAAUUCAGAUAAUUCAACUUCAAAUAAUGAAAUUAACUUAAUAUCUCAGAUAUAUAGUGAAACAAUAACUUUAGUUCAAACAGAUCCAUUAAAAGAAAGAACCCUAGUUUUAUUCAAACCUGAAGUAGUUCAUAGAGGUAUUAUUGGAUCUUUAUUAAGUGAAUUUGAGCAGAAAGGAUUUAAGAUUGUAGCCAUGAAACUUUUAGUAGCAACCAGAGAACAAAUCGAACUACAUUAUGCGGACCAUUAUGGAAAAGGGUUUUACAGUAGUUUAGUUGGUCGUACUGCUAAUCAACCUAUAGUUGCCCUUGUCUUUGAGGGUUUAAAUGCAGUUACUGAGGUUCGUAGAUUAAUGGGUUUGACGAAUCCUCAGGUUUCUCCUUUAGGAACAAUUAGAUCAAAAUAUGGCAUGCAAGUUGAGAGGAAUUUAGUUCAUGCCUCUGACUCUAUUGAAAAUGCCAACUUGGAGAUUAGUGUAUGGUUUUGUGAAUCAGAGGUCUAUGCAUAUGAAAGAGCUAUAGACAAAUAUAUUUAUUUCCAAGAAUAA